CACGCACGCGACGCGCGACACGCACACGAAACCCUUAGAAAGCCGACACCGCGAUGGCGUCCAAACGCAUUUGCAAGGAGUUGCAGGACCUCCAAAAAGACCCGCCGACGUCGUGCAGCGCGGGACCGAGGGCGGACGACGACAUCUUUCACUGGGACGCGACGAUCAUCGGUCCCGCGGACUCGCCGUACCAGGGCGGACUCUUCUUCGUCGCCAUCCACUUCCCUCCGGACUAUCCGUUCAAGCCGCCAAAGGUGAACUUCAAAACGCGCGUGUAUCAUCCGAACGUGAAUAGCCAAGGGAGCAUCUGCUUGGACAUACUAAAGGAGCAGUGGAGCCCCGCGCUGACGAUCUCGAAAGUCCUCCUGUCCAUCUGCUCGCUGCUCACGGAUCCGAACCCGGACGAUCCGCUCGUGCCGGAGAUCGCGCAGAUCUACAAGACCGAUCGGGGGCGGUACGAGGAGCUGGCGAAGGAGUGGACGCGCAAGUACGCCAUGUGAUGAGAAGACGCGGUUCUUCCCCGGAUCGAUCGAGCGAGCGAUCCGUCGAUUAAAAAAAUGUGAACAACGGAGGAAGACGAAGACGACGACGACGACGACGACGAGACGCGACGGGAGCGGGCAUCGCGCGGGCGCAGGCAUCGCGGCGGCGGACGCGUGGACGAACUGAUGGGGUGGGAGAACGAGGAGGCUAGGAGACUGAACAGAGCGGCGGCGGGGCGUUCGACGACGACGACGACGCGGGGCGAACGGAUCGAACGAAUGAGUACGUUGAAUGAUUUCUUCGUUCGCCGCGCGUCGCGGACCGACGAGCGUCGCCGCGCGGGGGCGCGGUCUUCUCCGGCGGAGGACUUGGAGUGAGAGCGGCGACGCGCGCGCGCGCGGAGGGAGACGACGAGAAGGAGGAAGUGGUCGUCCUCGACGUCGGCGUGGGGAGAGCGCGUUGCCGUAAGAGAAGAGACGU